AUGGGGAGUGGUAAUAGAGGGGGUAUAGGGAGUGGCACGGGGUUUCAUCCAACUGCUUGGCGGUGUGGGAUACCUGCUGUGGUGAGGAAGAGGAGGAUCAAAACCAUUGCUGAUUGGUCAGAUGAUGAUGAUGACAAUGGUGGUGAUGGUGAUGGUGAUGGUGGUGGUGGUCGUGGCAUCAAGGAUGCUGAUUGGCUGGAUGAGGACGGGGAAAUGGAGGGAGAGGAGAGGGAGGAGGAAGAUCAGGGAGAGCAGGAAGCGGAGGAAAAUGAGGAGGAGGAAAUGGAGGAGGAGGCAGGUGAGGAAGGGGAGGAGGUGGAAGGGAGUGAGGAAGCAGAGGAGGCAGAGGAGGAAGAGCAGGAUGAGUGUGGACUUGAGGGGUUGAAGGAGCAGCACGUGGGAGGGUGUGAGAGGAGGAGGAAGAGGAGGCGUGUGAUAGGGAGCGAGGAGGAGGAGGAGCAGGAGGGAGGAAAGGGGGUGGGAGAGGAUAUGGGAGAGGAGGGGGGAGGGAGGGUGCGAGUACAGGAAGCAGUUGGUACGGAGGGGGCAGGAAGGGAGGAACAAGUCGGAACGAGGGGUGGGAGCGAUGAUGUCAGGGAUGCUGACGAUGGCGACAGAGAUGCUGACACUGAUGACUCCAUGAUGACUCAGCCUGAUGACGAAGCCACCUUCUCGUUGGGGCUGGAGGGUUGGGAUGAGGAGGCCGCGUUGGGAGAUGGGCAGGGCAUGUCGGAGAGGGACGGGCAGCAAGGAGCAGCAGAGAAAGAUUUUGAGUCGAGUCAAAGAAAGGUGGAGACCACAGUGGGGGAUGGGGAAGUGGAGGCAAAGAGGGAAGCCUGGGAAGGGAAGAAUGGGGCAGUUGGGCAGCGAGUGGCUGUGAAGUGCGGCGGUGAGAGGUGUCGUGACGAUUCGUGUUGUAAGAGUGAAACAAAGGUGAAGGUUGAGGUGCCGGGUGUUGCUGUUGUUGAUUCUGAUUUUGCUGGUAGUGGUGGUGGUGCUGCUGCAACACCAGAAUUAGCCGCAGCCACGCCUUCACCAAGCCGAUUAGCACCACCGGCGGCAGCAACGGGCACAUCCAUACCAGAGAAGUCUUUUGAGUGGACAAGGAAACCGCCUCUGAAGCCAGCAACGCCACAGCCAGAAAUGACAUCAUCAAGAGCUACUGAAACAAGGAUGGCAUUUGAGUCAACUAGAAAACCACCACCGAAGCCAUGGGCAUCAAGGGCCACAGAAGCAAUGGGCACAGCACCAACAAUUCCUCGACUUCCCCAGACUUGGUUUCGGGCGGACAGUGAUGAGGAUGAUAUAGAGGAUACGCCUCCUGGGAGACAAGAGGAAGGAGAGGCGGGUGAGGGAGGAGAGGCGGGUAGGGAGGGAGAGGAGGGUGAGGAGAAGGAGGAGCGGUGUGGAGAGGUGGAGGGGUUGCGACGGCGGCUGUUCUGCGAUGAGGACGAGGAGGGCGGGGCAGCAGAUGUGUCUAGAGGAGCUACUGUAGCUGGCUUUACCAAGGGGCGGAGCGCAGUGGAACGACCACCUUUUGAGGCGCCUCAAACGACAGCAGAUGGGUCUAGAGGAGAUACCGGAGCUGGCUUUACCAAGGGGCAGAGCUCAGUGGUUCAACCACCGGGUCGAUUCACUGAUGCGUUGCGAUACCCACCUUCAACACAAGCAGCUGCUAUGUGGAACGGCGCGCCAAGGCCAGGCACCACACGAAAUGAGACGAGUUUUGCGGCGCCUCAAAGCGCGUCUCAUGCCAUGCAACAUCCACCUUCAGCACAGGCACCGGCUGUUUCUGACCCCAUGCAACGUGCGCCCCCAACGCACACACCAGCAGCAACACCUGUGCUGUCUGACAGCCUACAGAGGCCGAUUUCAACACACACACCGGCAACACCUGCUCUGUCUGAGGCUACGAGGCAGCUGCUGCAGCGGCGCCUGCCGCACCUGCAGCUGGUGGGGUGGCUGGAGGAGCGCGGGUGUGAUGCUAACGGUGACCCUGUGUUCAUUGACUACCGCCACCAGUUUGGUGUGGGACCGUCUGGUGCAGAUGCGGGCAGAAAAAGCCUCUCGUUUCUGCAUGCAACCGAAGGACAAGCACGUGGGAAUGAGAAUGAGGAUGGGUGUUGUGAGGUGGGGGGUUUCGGGUCGCCAUGGCCGGAGCAGCCUGCUUGUGCUGCUGGGGGAGGGAUAGGCGCUGGGAAUGGGGGGGCGAUGGGAGGACGAGAUCUUGGGUGGCAGCAGCAGCUUUUUCAGCAGAAAGGGGGCAGUGGGAGGAGGAGAGGGAGUGGUGGUGGUGGUGGUGGUGGUGCUGCUGCUGCUGGUGGUGGUGCUGCUGCUGGCAGCAGCGGCGGUCACUGGGUGUCAGAAGGCGGAAAGAAGGUGAGGUUUCUGCACCAUCUGUGUUCCCAAUGCUGCAUGUGCUGUCCAUUUGUGCGUGAUUGUUUUUGGGACCAAUUAAAAUCGGUCAGUGGGUGUCAGAACACGGAAAGAGGAGGGCUGUUUGCACACUCUCUGCUCGAGGUGCUGCAUGUGCUGGGCGAGUGCAUGCAUGUGACAACAGCAAGGUAG